AUGUCUUUCAAGAUUCUCAAGGACACCACAUUGUUUUUCUCACAGGGGACACCUAACCUUGCAAGGGUUAUUCCCACAAUGGAUUUGAUUGACAAGCAACUCACCACCUGCUCACACAACAAAAAAUAUUCUGCUUCUAUUUGUGUGGUUGUUUGCCUUGCAAAACAAACACUCAACCAGUACUACCAGUUGAUGGACAAGUCUGAGGUAUACUGGAUUGCUAUGGUACUGCAUCCACACCAUAAAUUGGCCUAUUUCAAGAACACACAGUGGGAGGAUACCUGGAUUGGGACUGCAGCCACACUUGUCCAUGAUGAGUUUGAAUGGUCAUACCUUGAGGUGGGGAUUCAAGAGAACAGUGAUGAUAUUGAGAUGUUGAAUACUAUGGCUCAUGAGGUAUGUGUUUUUCUUUAUGUUUGCAUAGCUCAAUAUCAUUAA